AUGGAUCCAAUCACGUACGUAUUUGAAAGCCCGUUCAUACUUGGAAGAAUAGCAAAAUGGCAGGUCAUAGUUUCUCAAUGUGACAUUGUCUAUAUGACAAGAAAGGCGGUAAAAGGAAGUAUGAUAGCUGAUCUCCUGGCUGAAAACCCAAUCAAAGAUUAUGAGGCUCUGGAUUUCAAAUUCUCAGAUAAGUAUAUUAAUGCAGUAGGCGAUGAUGUGGAGGGAAUCGAUGACAUGUGCGAAAUGUAUUUUGACAGAGUAGUCAAUUUAUCUGAUAAUGGGAUUGGGAUAGUGCUGGUAGCCCCAGAUGGAAAACAUUUUUCAAUAACCGUUAAGCUAAGAUUUGGUUGUACUAAUAACGUAGCAAAGUAUGAAGCCUGCAUGAGUGGCUUACAGACUGCCAUUGAAAUGAUGAUGAGGAAAUUAGAGGUGCAUGGGGAUUCAGCUCCGAUCAUUUACCAAGUCAAAGGGGAAUGGCAAACAAAAGACCCGAAACUAAUAUUGUAUAAAAAAUAUCUCCUCAAACUAAUCAAGGAAUUUGAAGAGAUUUCCUUCACUCACCUGUGCCGUGACAAGAACCAAUUUACUGAUGCCUUAGCUACUUUAGCCGUGAUGACUCAAAUGGAGGAAGGGCAGAUAAUGCAAGAAUACCCUCCUAGGGUAAGCAGAAACAAAAGAAGAAUGAUAAGAAGGUUAGCGCUGGGAUACUUCCCCAGUGGCAAAAUCUUGUAUAAGAGAACCUCCAACGGUGAGUUAUUGAGAUGCACGAAUGCAAAAGAAGUAAGGAGGAUUCUUUUUGAAACCCAUGAAGGGAACUGUGCUACUCAUAGCAAUGGGUAUAUGAUGGCUAAGCAGAUCCUAAGGCGGGAUUACUUCUGGACUACUUUAGAAAAAGACUGCAUUGAGCACUUCCGAAAAUAUCACAAAUGGCAAAUUUAUGCUAAUAAGAUAAAUGUCCCUCCUUAUCAACUCUAUAAUCUUGUCUCACCAUGGCCUUUUGCAAUGUGUGGCAUCGAAGUAAUUUGUCUAAUUAAUCUAAAAGCAUCCAAUGGACAUAGGUUCAUUUUGGUGGCCAUUGAUUACUUUACUAAAUGGGUUGAAGCUAUCUCAUAUGCUCACAUCACUCAAAACACAUUUCUGAAGUUCUUUAAGAAUAACAUUAUCUGCCGGUAUGGUCUUCCCGGUGAGAUUGUCACUGACAAAGCCAAUAAUUUAAAUGGUCCGAAGAUUCAGAAGUUGUGUGCCCAAUAUAAGAUAUGA